AUGCUAACAUCUAUUAUUUGUAGGUCAACAGUCUCUCCACGCCAAGAACGUCUAAAUGCCCUACGCAAACUAAAGAACAUUAAGGACGAAAACGACGAAGACUACAUAGCCCCAGCUCCAACUUACAAACGCUCCAAAACCUGGCAUUGUAAAAAAUGCGCUCUUAAAUUCCCCACCCGUAAGGCUCUUACGACCCACAAAAAGGUCCACACAGCUCAGGAACAAGAAAUUCAGACUUACAAAUACGACGAAAAUCUUGAAGUAUACGUAUGCAAUACCUGCUCGGCAGAAUUCCAACACGAAAGUGAAGUAGAAAAGCACAUAAUGAGAACACACAUCGAAACAUACUCUUGCGAAAUUUGUGAUAUGAAAUUCAGCAAUCCCUAUAAAUUCUCAUGCCAUGUGCAACAACACAACGAAAACACGAACUACCAGUGUCCAAUGUGCUCCUAUUCCACUCCACGCAGAACUUGCAUUUUGACCCACAUUAACAGAAUGCACUACCACAAGUUCUACUACUACUGUAACACGUGUGGUAAAGGUUUCAACGACGCUGUUCGUUUCAAAGAACACGAAAACGAACAUUUAGGUGUCAAGCCGUUUGUUUGUGUGGUUUGCACCAAGUCUUUUGUGUACUCUCGGUACCUCCAUCUGCAUCAGCUGCGUUACCACACUGUUGGUAUAGUCGGACAGCUUCUGAAAAACCAGUGUUCUGUUUGUUUGAGAGUUUUUUCCAAAAGCGACACUUUGGACAGACACAUGGCUAGCAAACAUUCCACUAGUUUAGGGCCACGAGUAAAGCGACAUCUGUGCGAUAUUUGUGGGAAAGGGUUUGCCACGAAUGACAAAAUGAAGAUACACUACAGAGUUCAUACCGGGAUUAAGCCCUACGUGUGCAAGUUCUGUACUAAGAGUUUUAUUAAGAGAGAUUAUUUGAUUAUGCAUGAAAGGGUGCAUACAGGAGAGAAGCCGUACGUGUGUCAGUAUUGUGGAAAGAGCUUCAAUCAAGGAGCACCGUUGAGGAUACAUGUGAGAGGACAUACUGGAGAAAGGCCGUAUAUUUGCCAGUUCUGCAACAUUGGGUUUAUUUCUAAAGGAUCUCUGAAUAUGCAUCAAAAAGUUUGCCGGAUUAACGAUUAG